CACAAAGGAAACCUCUCCUUCUCUUUCUCUUUCUCUUUCUCUUUCCUUCUCUACAUCUCUCUCUCCACACAGAAACAUUGCUCCCUGACCGAACCCCAAACUCCUUCACCCCAUUCCAUUCCACUCCACCCUCGACUCUCUCAACACACACACAAUAACCAAACUCUUCCAUUCCCAAAUCAACCUUCUCCAUCAUCUUCCCCAAUUCGAUCCAUCACAAACCUUGAUCAGAUCGACUCACAUUCUGCUCAGGGAAGGGCAUUUUCAUUGAAAUGGGAAUGCCCAAUCCCAAUCUCAUCUCCAUUAAACCAUGAACAAACCCACUGUGGUUUCAGACCAAGACCAUCACGAUUUCUUCUACGAAUCACACGACCGUUUACUCUCUCUUUCUUCUUCAUGCUCUUGUUCCAACUCCAACUCUGACCAAGAACAAGAACAAGACCAAGACGAAGAUAACACCAAUAACAAUAACAAUAUCUGCAAUUACAAUUUUGCCCUUAACAGUUACGACAUAUGGAUCUCCCAACCUUCCUCCGUCUCCGAACGACGAACCCGUCUUCUCCAAACCAUAGGUCUCUCUUCCGACCCUACGCUCUCACGCGGAAACCCUAUCCCGCCUUACAAUGCCAUGUUCCGAUCCAAAUCUGACGGUUACAAUAAUUCCAACACCAACCAAACUUCUUAUCCCUCUCUUAACUCUUCUUCUUCUUCUGUAAAUAACUCUAUUCCCGCUAAUUGCGGCGGAUCCCCCGGUAAACCUCCAUCUGGGAAGAAUAAUUCUAGAAGAACUCAUUCCGGCGCCGAUUUUUUGCCGGGAAGUUCGGCUUCUGCGGCGGAGGUGGUUGAGGCGACGGUGGAGGUUUCUGUUUCCGGCGAGGCGGAAUGCGGUGAGAUUGAAAGAAUUGAAAGAGGAGAUGAAGAACAAGCUUGUACUAUUAGAGAUCUUGAUAAUGGGAAGGAGUUUGUUGUGAAGGAAGUUAGAGAGGAUGGAAUGUGGAAUAAAGUGAAGGAGGUUGGGACUGGGAGACAGUUGACUAUGGAGGAAUUUGAGAUGACGGUUGGUCAUUCUCCCAUUGUGCAGGAGCUUAUGCGGCGGCAGAAUCACGAGGAGACUGGUGAUGGAAUUGGGGGAAGUGGUGGUGGUGGUGGUGGUGGUGGGAGUGGGAAUGGGAGUGGAAGUUCUUCAAAGGGGAAGAAGAAAGGGGCCAGUUGGUUGAAGAGUAUUAAGAGUGUUGCGAGUUCGAUGGCGGGUCAUAAGGAGCGGCGGAGCAGUGAUGAGAGGGAUACUUCGUCGGAGAAAGGGGGUAGGAGGUCGAGUUCGGCUACCGAUGAUAGUCAGGAUGGUUCGUUUCAUGGACCGGAGAGGGUGAGAGUGAGACAAUAUGGGAAAUCGUGUAAAGAGAUAACUGCAUUGUAUAAGAGUCAAGAGAUUCAGGCUCAUAAUGGGUCAAUUUGGAGUAUUAAGUUUAGUUUAGACGGGAAGUAUCUUGCUAGUGCCGGUGAGGAUUGUGUGAUUCAUAUUUGGCGGGUUGUGGAGUCUGAGAGGAAAGGUGAGUUGUUGCUUAUGGACAAACAGGAAGAUGUUAAUGUUAAUAUGUUGUUUCUUGUUAAUGGGUCGCCGGAACCCACUUUGUUGUCUCCUUUGGCGGAUAAUCUUCCAGAGAGGAAGAGAAAGGGGCGAUCGUCUGUUAGUAGAAAGUCCUUGAGCUUGGACCAGUUUGUGGUCCCUGAAAAUGUGUUUGCACUCACUGAAAAACCCAUUUGCUCCUUUCAGGGACAUUUGCAUGAUGUGCUUGACCUCUCCUGGUCUAAGUCUCAGCACUUGCUCUCAUCUUCAAUGGACAAAACAGUGCGGCUGUGGCAUUUGUCUAGCAAGUCUUGUUUGAAGAUUUUUUCACACAGUGACUAUGUAACUUGCAUCCAGUUUAAUCCUGUUGAUGAUAGAUACUUCAUUAGUGGAUCUUUGGAUGCUAAGGUUCGCAUAUGGAGCAUUCCUGAUCGACAAGUUGUUGAUUGGAUUGAUCUUCAUGAGAUGGUCACUGCUGCAUGUUAUACGCCUGAUGGCCAGGGUGCACUAGUUGGUUCAUACAAGGGUAGCUGUCAUUUAUAUAAUACAUCCGAAAAUAAGUUGCAACAGAAAAGCCAGAUCAAUUUGCAGAACAAAAAAAAGAAAUCAAAUCACAAGAAAAUUACUGGUUUCCAGUUUGCCCCAGGUAGUUCAUCGGAAGUACUUAUCACUUCUGCUGAUUCUCGUAUUCGGGUUGUUGAUGGUAUUGAUCUGGUUCAUAAGUUUAAAGGUUUUCGAAACGCAAGUAGUCAGAUUUCAGCCUCCCUCACAGCAAAUGGUAAGUAUAUUGUUGCAGCAAGUGAGGAUUCCCAUGUAUACAUCUGGAAAAAUGAAGCUGAUUGCAGACCUAACAGAAGUAAAAGUGUCACCGUGACACAGUCCUAUGAACAUUUUCACUGCAAAGAUGUGUCGGUGGCCAUUCCCUGGCCUGGUAUGGGUGAUGCAUGGGACAUGCAUGAUACAUUUUCUGGAGAACAACCUGAGCUUGAUAACAAUAACGAUGAAGUCGCAUCAGCCAAUCAUCCUCCUACCCCUGUAGAGGAAAACUUUGGUGUUGAGGGUUCCCAAUCUGCUUCAGGUUACAAUAGUCCGCAUCAUGCAACCAUUGCGAGUGCGACAAACAGUUACUUUUUUGAUAGAAUUUCUGCAACAUGGCCAGAGGAAAAACUUCUCCUGGCUGCUAGAAAUCAUCAAAGCCCUCGCAUCAGUACGGAUAUCUCAAAUGGGGUGAGUCAAAAAAUGUCAGCUUGGGGUAUGGUGAUUGUUACUGCCGGUCUUCGAGGUGAAAUUAGAACUUUCCAAAAUUUUGGAUUGCCACUGCGAAUAUAAUAGGCAAUAUAUGUAUGGCUAUAUGGCAUGGCGGGGAGUGAGUUGAUAUCAGCUCAGAAGGAAGUUGAGAUCACCUUCUCCAUUAGCUGGCAAAAAACUGUACAGAAAAGUGGGUGAGGUUUGUAAUAUUAGCAGUGUUUCAUUUAUUUCCUUGUUCAUGUGCUUAUUGGAUGAAGAUAGGUUAUCAUUUCGUUCAUGCACUUAGGGGGGAAAACAUUGUCAAACAAAAAAGGAAAAAAAAAAAGAAAAAAAAGGUACACCAGAAAUUUAGAAACCGAUGGAUGUAAUCGGGAAAUGUAGAGUAACGCGAGUAUGGGAAAAGCUUAUUGAAAUUAGAAAUGAUGAUUCUUUUACA